UGGAAAUUGAAGGAAUAUGACGGGUCGGGCGACCCGCACCCGCACCGGAAGUCUUGUGGGCUUAGAGAGAGGAGAAACUCGGAAACAAAGAAAUAAAAUAGAGAGGCUCUCAGGCUCAGCUUAGCACUGAAUAGCAUCACCCGCCGGCCGCCGCUGCUGCUGCUGCUUUUCUACUGUCACGAACGCCGGCGAAUUUGAUUAGCUUAUUCAAGUCUAGAUAUCAGCAUCAGCAAAAACAAGCUUGAAAGAUGCUGCGAACAGAAGUACUAACUGCAUACAAAUCUCUGCUGAGAGCUACUCGUAAAUCAUUUGCUGGUGACCAGUUGAUGUUGAAUGGUUCAGCUAUGGAGAUCAGGAAGAAAUUUGAUGAGAAUCGUCAGGUUACAUCCGAGGCUGAGAUCAAAAGGCUCCUUGAAGAGGCAAAUGAAGCAUCCCAGUUUAUAUCAACGAUGAUUGUUCAAGCUAAGUUGAACGAACGCGGUGGCUAUGAGGUGAAGCCCAGCAAGGAACAUGCUGAUGCAACACUCGAGGUUCCUACUGAGGAGCUUCUUCGCAAGCCCAGUUGAUGAUUGAAUUAAUGCCUACUUCCAGGUUUGAGUUGGGCUAUUACGUCCAAGUUUUGCUAGGGAUCUAUAGAAACAAGAUGAGGAUGAUUGUUAUCUACCCCUUCUGCUGUUGUCUGUGCUAAUCUAUACUCGAUCCUUGAGAUACAUGGUUUGCUUGUAAGAAUCACGAUACCGAGAGGUUGUUGCCGAAUUCACAAAUCCAUGGUAAUCAAACCAAGCUUUACUUUAGUUUAUUUUUCGUCCUUUUUGUCGAUGAAUUGAGCUCAAAUUUUGCUUAUCAAUAAGAUUACUAGUGAAGAUUU